AAGGUCACUCAGAAGGGUGACCUUGACAACAUAUGUCAAGGUCAAGGUCAUCGGGGCUGGCUCCCCUAAUCGGUAUAUUUACCCACUCACUGACGAAAAUCAUAUAUAUAUUGAUAGAUUUAGUUUUUGCUAAUAUUAAGAUGAAUUGUAAAGUACAUAAUAAGCCGAAUAUAACAGAUCAUUCGUGAGCGUUGAAUUUAAUAUAAGCAACGAAGGUAAAAAAUAUAGGAAAUCUGUUAGUAGGGAUUACAGUAAAUUCCAUAUCGGGGAAUUUUUAAAAGCAGUAGAAGAGAGAAUAGAACAUAGAGAUGAUUUAGAUGUAAACGUAAGAGCAAAAAAAUUUGUUCAGAACAUGGUAGACGCAUUAGAUAUGGUUGCACCAAAGAAGAAAUGUAAAAUUCCAAAUAUAUGGGAAGGGAAAAAAUGGUAUUCGGAUGAUAUAAGAAUAGCUAGAAAUAAAAGAGAUGAAGCAUAUAGUAGAGCGGUGCAUACGGGUAGUGAACAAGACUGGUUGCAAUUUAAGGUUGAAAGAAAUACAGUAGUUAAAAUGAUUAGGAAGAAGAAAAAAGAUUAUUACGAAAAUAGAUAAUAACAAAAAUGACCCUGUAAUGAUGUGGAAAACAUUGAAACAAGUAAUAAGAGAAGAAACUACGGGUGCAAAAAAAAUAAAUAAUAUAGAUUUUGAAGUAUUAGAAAAUAUAGGGGAAUGUAAUUUAGCAGGUAAAUUUAAUUUAUAUUAUAUACGAAGUAUUGAUAGUAAUUAAGUCUAUAGGAGGAGAGGAUAGCAAAAAUCACAGAAUUAUUUAUGUUAUAGACAAUAAGGGAAUUAUAGGAAAUUUUGAACCGAUAGAUGUACAUAAAUUACAGCGAAUUAUUAUGAAUUUGCCACGUAAGAAAGGAACGGAAGAAGGAAUAACUAGUGAUAUAUUGAAAGCAAGUUUUUAUGUGAUGAAGAAGGAAUUGGUGAAAGUAAUAAAUGAUUCAUUAAGUAAAGGUAUAUGUCCGAAAGGAUGGAAAAUAUCCACAAUUAUAUCGAUUCCGAAAGUAGAAAAACCAAAGAAAGCAAGUGAAUAUUGGGAAAUCGAGUGGAAGCGUGGCUUACGUUUUGGCCACCUGGUGGCGAGAGAAUAAAUUACUGCGAGUAGGUUAACAGGCUCAAACAGCUCUUUAGUUUAUGUAUUUGUUUGGUUACAAUAUAAUUGUAAUUUAAACAAUUGCUAGAAAAUGAGAAUUACUAUGCAAGAAAUUUGGAAAUUUGCUUAUGCCCAACCAAAUAGUAAAAAUUUUAUUGAUGGAGAAAAUUUGAUUAACCGUGGCCAUGUAUUAAAUUGUGGCAAAGUGAAUGAUGACAGCAGUGACAGUUAUCAAAUUCUCGCAUUUUGUCUUCAAACAACGAAUUUAAAAAGUACUCCCCAUGAAAUAAAAGGUGAAAUAUUAAAUGAUGGGCAAAUUGUUAAAAUGGAGUGCACGUGUAAAGCCGGUUUAGGGAGAUCAUGUAAACAUAUUAUGGCAGUUCUUCUGUACUGUAACAAGAAUGAUUUAGAAACGUUGCAAAUUAUUUCAUGUACUGAUAAAAAAUGUGUAUGGAAUGUACCACAAAAGUCUAUAUUAGAAAAAUAUGAAAUGCAGCCAUUAUACAAGGUGUUUCUAAAAGGUCUCGUCAAACUGUAACCACAGAUGCUACGUAUCAAAACAAAGCAAAAUGUCCAUAUAAACAUGGGUCUGGAAAUUCCUCCCUUCUGAGAUAACACAA